GAAGAGUUGUAAAGUUAUCAUAAACUCCCAAAAUGGAUGGAAGUAACGGCACCAAAGACAUGAAUAAUACCAUGACUCAAAUGGAAAUGGAUUUUAAUGCCUUACAAUCAAAUUUGGAUCAAUUCUUUUUGUUAACAAACGGAAUGAUCGUUUUGCUGAUGCAAUGUGGCUUUGCAUUCCUUGAGGCUGGUGCAGUGAGAAGUAAAAAUUCGACCAACAUUUUGAUUAAAAAUUUAAUGGAUCAAUUUUUUGCUGGUAUAUCAUAUUGGUUAGUUGGUUAUGCAUUCGCUUUCGGUAAAGGUCAUUGGUUUAUUGGUUACUCGUACUGGGCAUCAGCCGAUAUGCCUCAAGAGGACUUUGCCCUGUUCUUCUUCCAGUAUGUGUUUGCUGCAACCGCGGCUACGAUUGUGUCUGGGGCCGUAGCGGAAAGAUGUGAAUUCAUAGCCUAUAUCAUUUACAGUGUUCUUAUCACAGGAUUUAUUUAUCCAGUGGUUACCCAUUGGGUUUGGUAUGGUGAGGGUUGGUUACUUACUUUAGGUUACCUGGAUUUUGCUGGAAGUGGUGUUGUUCAUGUUCUUGGUGGUAUAGCGGCUUUCGUUGCUGCAUUUUUUCUUGGACCAAGGAAGGGUAGAUUUCAUAAAAGCAGUAAAACUGUUGCUCCUAUAAGAGGCCACUCUGUUCCACUUGCUGCUCUUGGUGGCUUUAUCUUAUUGUUUGGAUUUUUGGCAUUUAAUGGUGGCUCACAACUGUCCAUAUCGAAAACUGGAGAUGGUUCAGCUAUCAGUUUAGCUGUGGUGAAUACAGUUAUAUCCGGUUCGACCUCCGCUCUUUUUACAUUAGUUAUCAACCGAGCUGUUGGUACUUCUAAAUGGAGUUUAUUGACGACACUUAAUGGAGCUUUAGCUGGUAUGGUUGCUAUAUGUGCUGGUUGUAAUGUGUAUUAUCCAUGGGCGUCUUGCAUCGUCGGAUUCUUUGCUGCCAUCUCAUAUAGACUGAUCAAUUGGUCUGUAACUAAACUGUGGAUUGAUGAUCCUCUUGAUGCUGUAGCAGUCCAUUUCGGUGGUGGUUCCUGGGGAGUUAUUGCUGUAGCGUUUUUGCACAAAGAAAGGGGCAUCAUUUUUAAUUUCGAUAAUGAAUCUGGUUUGUUAUUGGGUUACCAGCUGGCUGGGUUACUAUCAAUUGGUGUUUGGACGGCUGUGACUUGCACAAUAAUGUUUGGUGGUUUAAAAUUAGCAAAGAUAUUUCGAGUUUCAUCUGAAUUGGAAGCCAAAGGACUUGAUAUACCCAAACACGGUGAACCAGCUUAUCCUACUGAAGCUUAUGGUCAUGGUUGGGAAGAAAAA